UUUUCUGUCACAAUGCAACAAUGCAUUAGCAAAGAUUAUGGCAAAGGUGGCACAGUUUGUGUGUGCAAUGACACUUACUGCGAUUUUUUACCAAAAAUUCAACCAGUUGAUAAGACAUAUUACUUGAUAUACACCUCAAACAAAAAAGGUCUAAGGUUCGAAAAGACUGAAGGUAGUUUUUUACCAGAACAGAAAAAAACUAAUGCUAAGAAAGUUUAUGUCUAUACCAAAGAGCAUCAAGAGAUACAUGGUUUUGGAGGUGCUUUUACGGAUUCUACAGGGAUAAAUGUCAAUUCUCUAAACGAAGGGGCGAAAGAAAAUUUAUUGAGAUCGUAUUUUGGAAAGGAUGGUAUAGAAUAUACAUUAGGAAGAGUGCCAAUAGGUGCAUCUGAUUUCGGAUUACGUGCCUACUCGUAUGCAGAAUCGUAUGAUCCUUCAUUAAAGAAUUUUACAUUAGCUCCUGAAGAUUUUCAAUAUAAGAUCCCAUUAAUUCAAAAAGCAAAUCAACUGGCUGGCCGUCCCAUUAGAUUGAUAGGUUCAGCCUGGUCGUCACCAAUAUGGAUGAAAGUUAUACCGAAAUAUGCCACAAUCUUUGGAACUUUAAGGUCAGACAUGUAUCAGCCAUGGGCAAACUAUCAUUUAAAGUUCCUGGAAGCAUACAAACAGAAUAACGUUACCUUUUGGGGACUCACCACUGGUAACCAACCGACUAUAGGUUACAUUACGUUCAAUAUACCUGGAUUAGCUAUGGGCCCCACACAGUUGGGAAGAUGGAUUUCUCAAAACUUGGGUCCAACACUUAAAAAAUCUGAAUUCUCUGAUCUAAAAAUUAUCACGUUAGAUGACCAACGUUUGUUUCUACCUUUAUGGUUAGUAGAUAUGUUUUUGUUUGUUCCCGGAGCAAAACAAUAUAUUGACGGCAUUGGUGUUCAUUGGUAUUUAGACUCAAUUUCUCCAACUUUUGACUUAGAUUUAACUCAUAAUUUUUAUUCAGAUAAAUUUAUUAUUGGAACAGAAGGCUGCCGAGGUAAUAUUCCUUUUGAACCAGAUGUUAUUCUAGGAUCUUGGCAAAGGGGCGAAGAUUAUGUGAAAAGCAUCAUGGAGAAUUUGCAACACUGGGUUACCGGUUGGAUAGACUGGAACAUGGCGCUGGAUUUAGUAGGUGGUCCUUCCCAUUACAAUACCAACGCUGAUUCUCCAAUUAUUGUCAAUAAAACUGCUGGAGAAUUCUAUAAGCAGCCCAUGUUUUAUAUAAUGGGCCAUUUUUCAAAAUUUGUACCUCCAGGAUCCAAGUUUCUUGAAGUAUCCCAAUACGAUUCUGCUAAAACAACUGUAGCAUUUAGAAGACCGGAUGGUGGAAUUGCAAUAUUAAUAGCUAAUACGAAAGAUUAUGAUAUAGAUGUAGCUAUAAUUGACAGAAAUAAGAACAGAGGACAAAUUAAUAUUCAUCUGACGAGACAUUCCAUGUCGUCCAUAGUUUACUGGUAACAAAAGACGAAGACAUUCGAAGACUGAAAUUUUAUUUGGUUUAUUUAUAAAAAAUAAAAAGAUAUUUUAAAAA